AUGUCUGGAAAAUACAUCGUCGUAUUUAAGGAUCACGUCACCGAGGCGCAGAUCAACGACUACGUGAACGAUGUGAACGCCAAUGGCGGCCAAGUGGGCCAGCGAUUCGAUCCUGUCCUGAAUGGAUUCUCCGCUACCAUCCCCGACGUAUAUUUGACCAAGCUGCAAUCCCUGCAAGAUGAUGUAAUCAGUUACAUCGAGCCCGAUGGUGUUGUGAAGACCCAGUAA